ACUCGGCUGCAGGGCAGCGGCGCAGAGCAGGCAGCCGGCGGGCGCUCGGACGGCUCACCUCCUGCUCCAGCUCCCACUCCUUCGCUGGGAGAGUUCUCCAGCCUGCGGAGUCGUGCGCCAGCGCCCAGCAGCCUCCCCGCGCCCCUUCCUGUCCCUCUGGGCACUCGGAGGGCAGGGCGCCUGAGGCCAAAGUUGCCCCGCACGGCCGGGCGGGCGAGCUCGAGCUACAACAGGCCCGCCGGCGGCGCUCGCAGCAACUUUGGAGAGGGGAGCAGCAGCCCCGGCGACAAUGACACCCUGGCUCGGGCUCGUCGUGCUCCUGGGCAGCUGGAGCCUGGGCGACUGGGGCGCCGAGGCGUGCACAUGCUCGCCCAGCCACCCCCAGGACGCCUUCUGCAACUCUGACAUCGUGAUCCGGGCCAAGGUGGUGGGGAAGAAGCUGGUGAAGGAGGGGCCCUUUGGCACGCUGGUCUACACCGUCAAGCAGAUGAAGAUGUACCGAGGCUUCACCAAGAUGCCCCACGUGCAGUACAUCCACACAGAAGCUUCUGAAAGUCUCUGUGGCCUUAAGCUGGAGGUCAACAAGUACCAGUACCUGCUGACAGGCCGAGUCUAUGAUGGUAAGAUGUACACAGGACUGUGCAACUUUGUGGAAAGGUGGGACCAGCUCACCCUCUCCCAGCGCAAGGGACUGAACUAUCGGUAUCACCUGGGUUGUAACUGCAAGAUCAAAUCCUGCUACUACCUGCCUUGCUUUGUGACCUCUAAGAACGAGUGUCUCUGGACCGACAUGCUUUCCAAUUUUGGCUAUCCUGGCUACCAGUCCAAACACUACGCCUGCAUCCGGCAGAAGGGUGGCUACUGCAGCUGGUACCGAGGAUGGGCCCCCCCGGACAAAAGCAUCAUCAAUGCCACAGACCCCUGAGCACCAGAUCCUGCCCCACCUCACCUCCCUCCCUCCCUGCUGAGCUUCCCUCGGACACUAACUCUUCCCAGAUGAUGACAAUGAAAUUAGUGCCUGUUUUCUUGCAAAUUUAGCACUUCGAACACUUAAAGAAAAGUCUCUGCUGUCAUAUGGAGUUUAUUUGGAACCAUCCUCCUGGCCCCACCCGACCCCUUCUUUUUGGUUUUGACAUCACCCAUUUCCACCUGGGAAUUUUUGGUGCCAUGCCAGAAAGAAUGAGGAGUGUACCGUCCUCUUCUUCAUGAUGAUAUAAUCUAUAUUUUUUUAGGAAAAUAAAAAUCGAAAAACUACCCCAUUUGGGCAUUGUAAUACCUACCCCUCUUUCUUCCUCCCCGCCUCACCAUCUCCCAGACCCCCCUCUCCUUGCCCUUCUCCUCCAUCCCAGUAGACACAGACAUGGUAGCUGCUGCAAGGUUAACCGUUUCAGUAUCAGUCAAGGGCAGCAAGCAGGUAGAUAGACUCAAGGUACGCAGAAGAUCUUACCCACUGAGGAGAUGCUACUGCGUGUCCCAACCUGAUAGUGUCUGUCUGUGUCUGCAUGUAAGAGUGAGAAAGGGAGGCAAGAAACUUCAAGAGAGGGUCUGAGAUAAUGCAGCACACACACAAUUCCCCUACCCCAGUGAUGCUUGGGUUGACCAGAUGUUUCUGAGUCUGGCACAAGCAGCCAGGCCAGAAUAACGGAAGUUUCUUAGUUGGUGAAGACUUAAAUAUCUGCCUGAGGUCAGAAGGCAAUUUGCCUGCCUUGUACAAAAGCUCAGGUGAAAGACUGAGAUGAAUGUCUUUCCUCUUCCUGCCUCCCAAAAGGUUUCCUCCUGGAAAACUCCUUGGUAGAUUUGGCCAGGAGCAUGCCUGUAUGUAAAUUGGAGAAAUACACACACCGUACACUAUCCACAGAUAUAGCCAAGUAGAUUUGGGUAGAGAAUACUAUUUCCGAAGUAGUGUUUAGCUCACCUAGGGGGAUGUGUUUGUAUACGCAUUUGCAUAUACCCACAUGGGGACAUAAGCUAAUUUUUUACAGGACACAGAAUUCUGUUCAAUGCUGUUAAAUACGCCAGUAGUUUAAUCUCUUCUAUUUUGUUGUCGUUGCUUGUUUGAAGAAAAUCAUGACAUUCCAAGUGACUUUUUUUUUCAUUUUAAUUAAAAUUUGAAAUUCUGAACACCCUCGGCAUCCCUCUAACUGGGGUCAUCUGACCUCUGUCCCUCUCCCUUUAUCCUGCUUCGUGUUUGGGGCCUUCAUUUAACUGCCUUAUGGGUUGGCUCAGAUGGGAGAUGAGUCAGUGUGGGUCAGAGGCUUGUGCACAGGAGGGAAGCUGCAAAAGUGGCCAGUCUGCUCCCCUCCCCCAGCUCACUGGUGGGUGAAUACCACCUCCUGAGGGUCUCACCUCAUGGAAUUAAAAUUGGUGGCCACUGGGGAAGCCUGACUCUGCAAUAAGCUAUAGGGUUUUUGUUGUGUUUUUCAAAAUAAAACUAUAAUAUAAGUUCUCCGAUUAAAUAAAAUUACUUUAAGUUUUAGUGUUGAAAGUGAGAUGCCGAGAGUAGGUGAUAAUGUACAUUUUACACAGCUGGGGACGGUAGGAAGGUGACGUUUAACAUGGGUGCUCUGUCUCUUUUUUCAGAUUUGUAUUUGUCCUGUAUGAGUAUUUGUAUCUUCAGUUCAUUCCACUUUAGGAAACAGAGCUGUCAAUUGAAACGGGAGGCAAAAAGAGAAACAGACAACAUGUUGUAAUGCCUUGCACACACGCAAAUAUGCCCAGGCGAGGUGUUUGGCAGAACCCCCAAGUGGCAAGGCAGUGCAGUCAUCUGGUUUCCUUAGGAUUGAUUUUAUUACCUGUACCUUUCACCUUGCGGCCAUGCCCUUUGGCUGGUGGAAAACGGGAGGCCUUCCCCUCUCAGUGGGCCUAUGUGCACAAAGGGGCUGAGGUCGGCAGGCCCAUGGUUUUUAUGGGGUGAGCCCCAGACUUGGUGUUCUGAGAUUUUAUUCAACCUCAAAGUCUUAUAAGGUAGAACCCCUGACCCAGCCCGCCCAUGUGCCCUUCCAUAAUCAGACAUCGGCAUCUCCUCUGUGAAGUCCCUGGCCAUUCUUGGUCCCUGGUGGGGUCACCUCCACUCACGCGAGGAGGGACUUGGGGUGAGGCCUGAGCCUGAGUCACCUGACAUUUCCUGCAGAAAGGUUGGCGGAAACACAGUCCCACCUGCCAGGCCCUGGCAAAGAGAACAGCAGGUCCUGGGAAAAGAAGGGUCUUUUGCAAAAUGAUGUCGUCAGAGGGCGGUUUUUGAGCUUUCUAUAAGCUAUAGCUUUGUUUAUUUUCACCUGUUCACUUACUGUAUAAUUUAAAGUCAUUUAUGUAGCUGAGACACUUCGUAUUUCAAUCAUAUCGUGAACGUUUUAUUUUGCUAAAUCUUGUGUCAUGUGUAGGCUGUAAUAUGUGUACAUUGUGUUUAAGAGAAAAAAAAAAUGAAACCCACAUGCCGCCAUUUUUCCUGAAUCAAAUUCUACAGUGGAAUGGAGGGUAAAAUACUUCUACUGUGCAGGCAGCUAGACUGGCGACGUGGGGAAAUGAAGGAAUUAGCACUUGAGACUCCUCCAGCCUCCUCCCUGCGGGCAUCCCAGUGCCUGCCUGCUGGAGUAGAGAGGAGGAGGGGAAAAAUAGCAGGUACAUUCACACCCUUGCUCUGAAUCAGCGGGCCCUGGGCAGUCUGCUGGUCAUUCCUCUUCCUUUAUACCCCGCAACCUCUGCCCACCCAAUUGGAAAACCAUGAUUUCUCCUAAAAAUCCAGGGCCAUGGGAUCUGUGAUUCCAAGAUCCCUUGGCCCCUUCUGGCUGGCUCUUCUGCCUCCCUAUCCAGGAGGUGCCACACCCAGGUUCUCACCUCUUAGGCCAGUGCUCCAUCGGCCAGGGUAAAUAAUACUGGACACUUGCAUCCUUUCCUGUUCCCCAGACCCAGACCUACGUCAUGGCAGUGGAACUACUGUCCACAAGCACCAUUUUUCAUACCAUUGUUCUUGAGCAAUUAAAGAAGCAAAUGAUUAUUGGAACAGCUCUGUCUCAAAAACGAUGUGGCCCCCUGGGAGAUAGUACUUUCCCCUGCCCCAAGCCAUCAUCCUGUGCUUGACGAUCGCCAAUAUGGAUUACCCCAAGAUGACACCCAAGCGUUGGGCUCUUGGCUACCUAAAGUAAAAAUAUCACUAAAAUAGUUUAUACAAGGAAAACACUUUACAAAUUGGAUGGUAAAAGCAAAACAAAAUGGGAGCGUGUAGGGUACGUGAAUAGUAACAGCCUCCAGACUGGCUCUUGGGAGGCAUGAGGAGGGGAAGAACUUAGACGCCAGUUCAGGCUCCGAGGGGAGGGGCUUUGUAAAUUCUCCUGUGCCCUGACCUUUCCCCUAAGCCAGUCUGCUGUCCUGAGACCCAGAAGUGAUGGAAAGAAACCAACCAGAGAAAACCCUGUCUGGAAGGAAUGUAUUUGUUGCUAAAUUUUGUAGCACUGUUUACAGUUUUCCUCCAUGUUAUUUAUGAAUUUUAUAUUCCGUGAAUGUAUAUUGUCUUGUAAUGUUGCAUAAUGUUCACUUUUUAUAGUGUGUCCUUUAUUCUAAACAGUAAAGUGGUUUAUUUCUAUCACA